AUGGUAGAUAUUGCAGAUUCAUAAAAACUAAGUUUUAAAACUCAUUUGAGAAAUCUUUUAGCUUCUAAACUUAUUGUCAAAGAAAUUGUUGAUUUCCUAUCUAUCAGAGACAUUGCCAAAUCUGAAAUUAUUGCUAAGCUAUUCAAGGAAAGACUCAGCUCCACCUAGCUAAAUAUAUACAACAAUGUGGUUAUUAAAGCUUCGGAAUUUUAGGAUUUUAACAAAUUCCUGACCUUUAUUGAUUGGUAUCAAAAUCGAAUUGAAAGUGUGUAUCCAUAGACUUUCUUUUUGUGCAUCAAUAGCUACUAUUUGAAAGAAGAUAUAUAGGAACUACAAAGACCUCUGUUUUUAUCAUAUCUUGAAAAACUCUUCGCAAGACUAAUUAGCAAUAGCAAGAAUUUGAUUUCAUUAAGAAUUAACAUGGCAAGAUAGCAUGGAGAUAGGAUCAAUGAUCCAUUAUGUGACUUAUUAGUUCCUCUCCUCAAGUAAUUAGUAUCAGGGAUAAUUGAUGAAUAAGGUCAAAUCGUUUAAAAUAUGCAAGAACUAUGGAUUGAAUCAAUGGCUACUGUUGAAAUGAUAAAAUAAAUCAGCUAAUUUGAAAGCCUCAAACUCUUAAAGAUUAUUAAUUGUACCUAUGUCACUGGAGAAUUCCUUAGAAAUCUAAGAUCAAAUAACUUAAGAACAUUAGAUUUUCGUAGUAGCUACUAAAUUGAAUUUAAUCAAAUCCUUGAAUGCGUGUAAAAUAAUUCAGGAACGAUAAAUAAUCUCUAUGUGGACGGAGAAUAUGUCAAAGCUCAGUAAUUUGUAGAAUUAAUAUAGAAUCUGAAAAAUAUACAGGAGCUAGGUAUAUUUUUUGGAUAAAAAUUAAAAGACUCUUUUCUUUUUGAGCUGAAUUAAAAGGUUACUGGUGAGUCACUAAGAAUAUUCAAAAUGAGAAAGGCAUAUAAAGUAAACAAUCAGAUCUUGAAUCUAUUUUUCACAAGGUGCUUUCCAAACUUAAGGAAGCUUAAACUAGAUGAAUGCAGAAAUAUUUAAGAUUCAACGGUCGUGCUAAUUGGCACAAACUGCCAAAAAUUAAGAUCUUUGAGCUUAAAUUGGUGUUAGUAACUCAAAAGUGAUGGAAUUGAGAAGGUCUUACUUAAUUGCAAGCUACUUAAGAAACUGAAUUUAGUAGGACUCAAAUUAUUGCAAGAUUAAGCUUUUGAAAGAGCGAUAUAAAUUGAAGAGGAGAAAAAGAAUGAUAUUCAUGAACUUAGAACUGCUCUUGAUAGCUUAAAAUUAAUGAAUUUAGCGAGUUGUGAUUAUGUUUCAGACACUCUGUUGUAUAAAAUAAAAAGAAAUCAUAGAUCAAUGGUCAUCUUUAAUUAUUAUCAAGAUGAAGUUGAAUUAUGA